GCCAAAUAUAUAGACUUAAGCCCUUUGCCAAUCGUACAAUUGGAUUAGCCGCGGCCUGGUGAGUCAUUACAUAAAAACUGUAGAUGAACUACCAAAAUGAACAAGAAAUAUAUAUAUACCAGGCCUCUUUGUCAGGCAAUUAGUAUUAUCGAAACAAUUCCAAAACUCUUAUCUUUAUCCUCUCCUACACUCAGCUCUUUUAUCUACAAGACUGGGUUUCAGUGCCAUAUACUUAGAAAACAAUCCCCAGUCAUUGCUUUGCGCAUGAUGGGCCAUUCCCACCGUAGUAGCUUGUACUGAAACCUUUCAAGGUUGAUUUGAAACGUAGCUGAAAUAUUCAUAACCAAC